AUGCGGGCCAUGAGCUCCCUGGGGCGUUCGAGCCCGGCGCUCCUCCUCGGCAUGCUCCUCGUAGCGCAGCUGCGGGUGGCGGGGGGCAUGCAGGAGGUGGAGUACCGGAAAGUUCGCUUCUACGUUGACAUCACUUGGUCGCCGACCGCUGCGAUGCUGGGGAGUCCCGACAACUCGACAGACGCGGUGAUAUGCAAGACUUGCAGCCCGGGCUCGGCUGUGCCCCGGCAGGGGGACGUGCUCGCGAUGAAGCCGCCGACGUCUUCGAUCUACUCGAACAAGUUCUUGUUUGGCGACGAGGGUCCCAGCAACCUGCUGGGGUCUGCUCUGCUGGAGAUGGUGGUGACGGGAACGCCGAGGUCGAUCGCCUGUAGCUUCGCAAACUCCUCCUGCCUGCUCCUGGCCACUUCCUCCGUAGUCGAGCACGUUUACAGCGGGUCGGGGCGCUACAACGCCUCCUUCAAGGGAUGCUGCCGCCAGUGGACCAGCCUUAUCAACAGCAUCGGAUAUGGCUGGGCAAUGACGUCGUCUGUUCUGGUACAGGAUGACUUCCUCUCCAAGGCGAGCCCUUCGCUCUUUCCCCUUUCUCGCUCCCCCUACGUGCCUUGGGUGGCCGAAGUCGCUGCCUCCUCUUCCACCGCAAGUCAGUUCUACGUCAAGGGCUUCCACUCCCUGCGAUCAGCAAGUCCGCAGAACUGCAUCGCAGGAGGCAGCGGAGGAGGAUGCCGAUUCCGCUACCGCCUACUCUCCGACGAUGAGAGGAGGAGCACGAACCCAGCAGCAUCUCCCAGCAGCAUGCCAGGUGGGAUCACGGUCAACGCGAACACGGGGUUGAUCACUGUCAACCCUGCCGCCUUCUCCUCCUCUAUCACUGCGACCAAGACUGUUGUCAACCUGGUCCUGUACGUUGAUGCAGGAGGUUUUCCUCCUCCCUGGAGCGCAGAGACUUUGUUUGUGGUCGUGGAUUUCUGCCUUGUACUCCAGAGCGUCUCCCCACCGACAUUGACCGGCCCGUCGCUCAUGUCCACCGUCGAUUGGAUCCCAGGCAUGCAGGACGUCUCCACUGGCGCUUACAUGGACUUCGUGUGCGGGGAAACCUUCAGUGCGGUCCUGCGGGCAGGGGGGGAGGUACUUGGCUCCUACGACGGUCUCAGCUGGCCGAGGAUCGUCACGUUUGACAACCCCAACGUGCUGGGAGUCAAUGACAGGGUCAUCCAAGUGGCAUCCAGCUCGGGACUGCCUACAGGCGCCAGGAUGACGCCGAUGGUGCUGGAAGGGCCGAGCAAUGUGACGAGAAACUUCAGCUGGACUCCAGCUCCGGGCCAGGACGGACUGACAUACCCCAUCUGCUUCGAGGCAACCUCUGCCAGCAAGCCUGGCACUUGUCUAGCGGCGAGCAAGUGUUUCUUUAUCCACGUGGAGACCUCGUUCCAGUCAGUCGCGUCCUUGACCGCCUUCGAUCCCGUCCUCCCUCCCUCCCAGCUCGUCACUGUGGUCAACGGUGACUUCGAGGAGGACACCAUCUCUUGCUUCAACGGUGUCACCUACGAUGUCAUCUUCCUGGCCUCCUGCCGAUCCGCUGGCGACCGACUUUCUGCGCUCCUCGUGACCGUUCGAGGAGGGGUCGAGCUGGGAAGGAUCGUCCUGCAGGAGGGGAGCGGGCAUCUUGUGAAGGACGCGAUGGAGAAGAAGUACCUCAGGUUCAUCGCUGACCAGCCCAUCGUUGAGCUCUCCAUCAUCAACGACUCUCCCGUCAUCGGCUGCGAUCUCUUCGUGGACGGCGUGAGGAUGGUUCAGGCCCAGCAGGGAGUCUCGGGGGAGGUUUUCAACUUGUCCCUUGCCACGUCAUCCUCCCCCUCCUUCAUUAACGACACGUCGGCGAUCCUCCAUGGCAGUGUCGUGCAGGCGGCUCCUGGAUGCCUCGUGCAGGUCAACAUUGUCAUCGAGAGAAGCUCCUACGGCGCGACUGUCACUCCAGAGCCGACAGUUGGGAUCCCUCCUGGAGCUGUGCUGGAGAAGAUCUCAAACCUAUCGGAAGGUUGA